UCCAUUUUCCAUAAAGCAGGGCGAACAGCCAGGAGACUAUUGGCCAGCCUGGUACAAAUCACAAAAAAAGUUGUGCUACCACAUGGCAGCCUGCAGGAAUCAUGGGUGGCGGAGCCUGCAGCAGGUGCAGGUUUGCGGUGUUCCUUUUUCCAAGUGUCACCUUGACGUAGGCUGUGCCACCCAUAACUGCGACAAAUCAUCCUACUUGCCGAGGAGCACGGGAUGAGUGAUAAGCUGCUAUUACGGUGCAGAGUUUCUAUCCCCAAACUUUUCUGGCAACUUGGAAAUGCAACGUGAACCGAAGCUCCUACAUCUCACAUCCAUUUCGGUCAUGGACUGGGCAUCAGAUGACAGUAGCUUGAACAAAGCUGACCUUGAGAAAGUUUUCCGAUAUAGGCCACAGAAAACGACAGUGGUCAAGAUCCUGACCAAUCAACACGGUCCAGUGCUAUGGUCUAAUGAGACCCCAGCAGAGUGGCAGUCGUGGCUUGAGAAUUGCACUCCUUCAAUCUAUAAGGAUUCGGGUCUCGUUCUAAUAAUUGCCAGAAAACCAGGCACAGCUACGAAAUGCUUUGGAGGUGUAGGUAGAAGCCUUCCUAGUUUGCAGUCCCUAGGUUCGAAUCACGAAGCCUUUGCUGAGAAAGUUCCAUCCUUCGGAUCUCUUGACAAAGAAGCAUUGCCAACCAGUCAUGGUAUUUCAGAUGGCGAAAACCAGGUCGAUCUUCCAGAUGUUCCCAAAGGCGCGAAGAGGGAAGUGCGCGAACUGCCGUUUGAUCAGAAUACAUUCAGAGAUAUUUGCGACAGAUUCUUCGUACAUUCUUCCAUAGCGCGUGUUAUCAGCCGGGCAGAUGUUCCUGUCUUUUCCAGGUCUUAUGUCACCAUGAAACUCGGAGAUUCGGACUCAGUUGGCCACUCUGCCAUAGUAUAUAACUGCAGGUCAUCUAAUACGUGGGCUGAAGACAUGGCUUUGACAGCCACCCACUUUCCCCAGAGCAAUUUGACCUUUGCGGUACUGUUUGGAUGCAAUGCAGAGGUCGAACGCAACGUAAUCAACCGAUUAAGUCGAGCAACGGACCACGCAUCAUUUCCUUUACUUCUGCCAGGGAUAUUCGCAGAGCUUGAAAGAGACCGGAUGGCGAAGGUCGUCACAGAAACGGUUAAUGCCAUCGAAGGAGCCAUCUUCGAGCUUGGCACCGGAAACCCGGUCGAAGGCGAGGAGGUUUUAGAAGAGGAUAAGAUUGAUAUGAGACAUUCUCGAAGGUCUGCGUGGCUGAAUACAACAUUCCUUCGGAACAGCCUAAGAGCAUGGAAGGGUCAACUUCGAAAGAUGGCAGAUCAUGUUAUUGAAGUAUCUAGUCUUCACCAGGGGCAGCUGCUUGGUGGAGCCUACGGAAAGCCCAGGGGCGAGGAAGAGCAUGAAAAGAACGAGUUGGCGAUGAAUAGGACGGGGUCAAUGAUCCACGAUAGACUCCAUGUUCUCAUGGAAGACUUCGAAGAUAGGAUUCAAGAAUGUACGAUGAGCGUUGAGGGAAUGACUAUUGCCACACAAUGGGCUCAAGGAGACACCAAUGUGGAUAUUGCAACAGCUAGUGGACGGGAUUCGAGGCAAAUGCGGUCCAUUGCUCUACUAACAAUGAUCUUCCUUCCGGGCACAUUCUUCGCAACUUUGUUCUCCAUGACAUUUUUCAACUGGUAUCCAAAUGAUUCUCAAACAUCCGUCGUAUCAGGCUAUAUCUGGAUCUACUUUCUUGUCACUGGUGUCUUCACUGCAUCCACCCUUCUUCUCUGGUGGUAUUUCCUUUCUUCUCGCCGGAAGAAGUAUAGAAGUUGUAGUUUUGCUACAUAUCUUCUGAGAGUAUGAGCUACCUAGCUACUUCUGAGAAACUUAGACAAUCAUUAGCCUGAUGUCAGGUGUUCCUUCAUAACAUUGUUUUCUGCACUCGAAAGCCAAUUAACAUGGCCACUAGUCUAUGUGCAGCUCUUUUGUCGCACUUUAUGACUUUAUGAUGCUGCUGUAACGCAUCCACUGUUUGUAUUUAAAGGUUGAGUAUAUUAAGAUCUUAUGACCCUGAGAUCUCAAUGUUCAUCUCAUGUGACGACAUGAAUGUUUUACAGCAACUGGUAAGGGCGGAUGUAGUCCACAGACUCAUAAUGAAG